AAAAUUAGCUUCAUCAACAACUGAGGUCAGGGUUUCAAACCCAAGGGUUUUUUUCUUCGCGAAGCACACUUACACACAACGCACGCACAAUGGACAGCACAGUGGCAGCGGAGAAGACGGAGUUAGAACUCCGGAGAGAGAUCGACGAACUCCACCGCCAACAGCGCGAGAUUACAGAGCGGCUUCGAGAUCCCAGGGGAAUUCGCCGCGGUGGCAUAACGGCCACCGGACCUCGCAAUUUCGCCGCCAAUGGCGGUCGACAGCGCGGCUUUGUUCGACCUGCGGAGAGGGACGAGGGCGAGGACCAACCGCCGACGAAAAGACGAUUAUCUUCAGCUGUUGUGAAGGUUGAGGAAGGGGAAAUAAUAGAGGAAGGUUCGGAAGCUGCAGUUGAUGUGGAAAAGAAAGAUGCAGCUCUUGAAUUAGGAGAGAUUGCAAAUGUGAGUGCAGGUCAGGAUGUGAAAAUGGGGUCCAAUUGGUCCAGGAGGAAUUCUGACCAGAGGCCAUCUAAAAUGGAUUUUGAAGUCAAUCCAGUAGAACAUGUACCAAGGGUGUUGCCUAAGAACGAGGACCCUAGUUUGGUCAGCAGGAAUAAGAGGAUGUUAGGUCAGCUUCUCGGGACUUUGGAGAGGUUCAGGAAAGAAGACCAGAAACUGUCGGGUACAGAGGCGUAUAUGAGGAGAUCUGAUUCUUUGAAAAGGGCUGAGGAACGAGCACGCGAAGAAAGUGAAAAGCUGAGGCAGCAAGAACGUGAACAGAUGGCAGAAAAGCGGAAGAGAGAUUUGACUCUCAGAGCACGUAUUGCUGCAAAGGCAGAGGAAAAGAAAUUGGAAUUGCUGUUUCUUCGGUGGAGUGAGCACCACAAAAAACUUGGAAAUUUCACAAGGACCAAGGCAGAACCUCCGAUUUUCUACAUGUUCGCCAAACCUCUGGAUCAAGAACCAACUAUAACCGAGCGGCAGAAAGAACAGGAGUUCCAAGAAUGGAAGGCUGUUAGGAGAGAGGAACUAUCGCAAUACCAGAAGCAGAUUGCGGAGCAAUACGUAGCGAAUGUGGACAAAGAGCAAGAAAGGUGGCAAAACGGAAGGAAAGGUAGGAGAACAAAUAAUGUAGUGGCGAACUUACAGGAGACAAUGGACAAAGAACUGGAGACGCAUCAGCUUGAGCAUGGUCCGAAAACGAGAAAAAUACCUGGGCAGGACAACAAUGAAGAUGACGAGGAUGAUGACGUGGACGACAUGAAUGUUGCAGAGGAUGAUUUGAUGGACGAUGUACUCGGUGGUGGUGUUAAUGAAACGGUGAAAGUAGAAGCAGGUAAUGGUGCGAGUCCAGUUCAGGACAAGAAGGAUGACUAGAUAUAUAAUACUCGAUGCAUAAUACUCGAUGCGAGAAGAAACGAGUGUUUGGUAAGUUUUCAAAUUGUUUGGUUUUCCUUUUUCUUUUCUGAGUUUUUGUGUUGUUUUAUUUGUGAAUUCUUUUGUAGGAACGGAAGAUCAUAUGUAUUGUGUUUUUAGAUUUAUUUUCCGCGUUGCAAAUUUUUUGUUUUUGGGUGACAUUGAUUUAUCGACGGGCGUUUUCGGUUCUUAGAGAUGUAUUUGAACAUGCAUGGCUAAAUUUGUUUCAAAUAUUUUAUGAGUUCAUACAUAUUAGGAAUUAAGGA